AUGACCACGCCCCUAAAAGACCAAAUCGUCCUCAUAACCGGCAGCUCCCGCGGUCUCGGACUUGCCAUUGCGCGCGCCUUCCACGCCGAGGGCGCAAAAGUCAUCCUCAACUACCUCCAGCCUUCCUCUGAAAAAGCAGCCUCAUCCGCCGCCUCUGAGCUCUCCGCCAUAGCAAUCCGCGCAGAUAUAACCGAUCUCACAGUCGUACAGUCCCUCUUCACCCAAGCUGAACAACACUAUGGCCAGCCCAUCUCAAUAGUCGUCAACAACGCCCUAUCCCCCUUCACCUUCAACGGCGAAGCGCGCCCGAAGCUUGAGGACAUCACUUGGGAUGCAUUCGACGCGCAAUUUAAAGGCGCGGUGCAAGGUGCGCUGAACACGACUAAAGCCGCGCUCCCGGGUUUCGAAAAGCUGGGCUACGGCCGCAUUAUCAACAUUGGGUCGAAUCUAGUUCAGAACCCUGUGGUACCGUACCAGGACUACACGACAGCUAAAGGCGCGCUGCUCGCAUUUACGAGGACGUGUGCUGCGGAGCUAGGGCCAAAGGGAGUGACAGUGAAUAUGGUCAGUGGGGGGUUGUUGAGCGUUACGGAUGCGAGCAGGGGGACGCCGGAGGAAGUGUUUGAGAUGGUGAGGGGGGUUACGCCGUUGAGGAGGGUGACGACGCCGGAGGAGAUGGCGGGUGCGGUGUUGUUUUUUGCGAGUCCAUGGGGAAGAGCUGUUACGGGGCAGAACGUUUGUGUUGAUGGUGGCCUGGUCAUGAGCUGA